UCGGCAAGCAAGGUUUUCAGUGUCAAGUAUGCAGCUUCGUGGUCCACAAGCGAUGUCACGAAUAUGUCUCGUUUACCUGCCCCGGAGCCGACAAAGGAGCAGAUUCAGACGAUUCUCGGACGAAACAUCGGUUCAAGGUGCACACAUACAGCAGUCCAACAUUCUGCGACCACUGUGGAUCACUACUAUAUGGGGUGAUCCACCAGGGCAUGAAAUGUGAAGCAUGUGACAUGAACGUGCACAAACGCUGUGUGGAGACGGUUCCUAACCUAUGUGGCUGCGAUCACACGGAAAGAAGAGGGCGAAUUGAACUGAAGAUUAUUUGUGCUGGCAACAAAUUGACUAUUGAAAUUCGCCAAGGCCGAAACCUAAUUCCAAUGGAUCCAAAUGGUUCAUCUGAUCCAUAUGUAAAACUCAAGCUCAUACCUGAUACAGACAGCAUAAAGAAGAAAACAAAGACAAUCCGUUCCUCUCUGAACCCUGUUUGGAAUGAGACAAUAACAUUUGAACUGAAGCCAGAAGACAAGGAUAGGCGGCUUCUGAUAGAAGUGUGGGACUGGGAUCGAACUUCACGUAAUGAUUUUAUGGGCUCCCUGUCAUUUGGCAUCUCUGAGCUCAUUAAAGCACCAGUUGAGGGGUGGUACAAACUCCUGACACAAGAGGAAGGAGAAUUUUACAAUGUCCCCGUACCUGAGGAGGGUGCAGAUCUUGCUUCACUGAAAACUCAGAUGAGAAAAACUUCCAUUACAAAGAAAGCGCCUCCUCCUUCUGACAAAGAUGUACCACACAAUAUGGGAAGGAAGGAUGUCAUACGUGCUUCAGAUUUCAACUUCCUCAUGGUUCUGGGGAAAGGCAGCUUUGGCAAGGUUAUGUUAGCAGAAAGGAAAGGAACAGAUGAAUUGUAUGCAAUUAAAAUACUGAAGAAAGAUAUCAUCAUUCAGGAUGAUGAUGUUGAAUGUACAAUGGUUGAAAAGCGAGUGUUGGCCUUAUCAAGCAAACCGCCCUUCCUUGUUCAGUUGCAUUCCUGUUUUCAGACUAUGGACCGCUUGUAUUUUGUGAUGGAAUAUGUGAAUGGAGGAGACUUAAUGUUCCAGAUACAGCAGUGUGGUAAAUUUAAAGAACCUGUUGCUGUGUUCUAUGCUGCAGAGAUUGCAAUAGGACUAUUUUACCUUCAUGCUCGAGGAAUUGUAUACCGAGAUUUAAAACUGGACAACGUUCUUCUGGAUCAGGAUGGACAUAUUAAGAUAGCCGAUUUUGGCAUGUGCAAAGAAGGUAUAACUGGUGACAAGACAACAAAGACAUUCUGUGGGACGCCAGACUACAUAGCACCAGAGAUUAUUUUGUAUCAGCCUUAUGGGAAAUCUGUGGACUGGUGGGCUUAUGGUGUAUUGCUGUAUGAAAUGCUUGUUGGACAGCCUCCAUUUGAUGGUGAAGAUGAAGAAGAACUUUUUGCUGCAAUCACUGACCACAAUGUCUCAUAUCCUAAGAGCUUAUCAAAGGAGGCAAAAGAAGCAUGCAAAGGGUUUCUUACUAAGAACCCAAUGAAAAGGCUUGGGUGUGGGACAAGUGGAGAAGAGGAUGUCAGAGGUCAUGCAUUUUUCAGAAGGAUUGACUGGGAAAAAAUUGAGAACCGUGAAGUCCAGCCUCCUUUCAAGCCAAAAAUAAAACAUCGUAAAGAUGUCAGUAAUUUUGAUAAGCAGUUCACAUCAGAGAAGACAGAUCUAACUCCUACUGACAAACUGUUCAUGAUGAAUCUCGACCAGACUGAAUUCAUGGGCUUCUCGUUCUUAAAUCCAGAAUUUGUGCAGCAUGUGUAAAACCAGUUUGACAGAUGUUGUCUGUUUAUGGUGAAAAGAGAGAUGCGCCUACCUCCUUGUUGAUGGAAGAAUACUGUUAGAAGAUGAAUGUUCCACGUCAGGUGAACACUGUGUCUGGAUACAUGUUCCACUUCUCAUUCAAACCUUCUCAUGGUCUUCCUGGUUGGUUUGAGCUGUGUACACAUGCCAGAAGCAAUAAAAGUAAGAUAAUUAGAAUUGACACUGCAACCUGUAUUAUUUUAGCUGUUUAAGUAUGUUAUUGGAGAGCAAUAGCGUUCUGCAUACUCAUAAUUUUCAAACACACGUGUCUGAAAAUUUUGUAUUCAUUCCAUCUGUGUACAUUAAACAUUAAAUGAUACUUUAACAUUUGUAAAUUGUAGUUCAAUACAUUUAAUGCUAUAAACACUCAGACACUUUGUUACUUUUGAAACUUUAGUGAUUGAAUUUCUACUUCAAUUCUCAUUAUCCCAUCGUGUUUGGAAUUAAAGAUAGAACUAGUUUACAAGACAAUAUGAAAUACUCGGAUUUCCAAAUGAAGCUUUAUUAUUAUCUAAAUAUAGAAACAU